UCAGCCGGAUGCAGGUGCAUCGGCCGCGCAUGGGUGCCCGGGGGUGAUACCUCCUGCGCCCGCCCCUGUUGCUUCCAGCAUGGCUCAGCAGUGCCAGGGCAGCAGCAUGCAGGCAGUGCUGGUGCUGUGUGUGGCCCUCAGCCUGGCAGCAAGAACGGGGGCCGAGAAUGCAUGUGGGGACCCUGAGGCCCCAUCCGCAUCCCACAGCAUCCCUGCGCCCCAGAUGAGUGCUGAGGAGCGGCUCUCGCCCCACAUGCCUGAAGCCCUGCGCUGUGAUGCGUGCCACGCCAUCGCCUUCCAGCUGGAGGGGUGGCUCAGCCGUGCGGAGGCGAAGCAGGGCAGGAAGGCGCUGAGCGAGUCAGACUACAUGGAGGUGCUGGAGCAGAGCUGCUCGCAGGACUGGGAGCUUUACGGCGUGCAGGAGCUGAGAGGAGAGCGGCGGUUGAUGGGGCCGGGCCUGCCAGGACAGGAGGCAAUGAGCGUGGCAGUGAUGGGGGGGCCGUGGCCGAGCAGGCUGGCCAAGAUGUGCCACAGCCUUGUGGGCGAGCACAGCGAGGAGCAGCUGUACGGAGCGCACCGACGGGGUCCCACCGCUCUGCGGGAGCUGCUGUGCCACGGCAAGAAGGGGCCGUGCGCCCACCUGGGGGGGUCCAAGGCAGGGGGCUCGGCCCCCCCCAAGGCACUGCAGAACGAGCUGUAG